AUGGAUGACUCUGAGAGUAAGGAGCUGGGAGCCCCAGACCCGGUCAUCCAUGUCAAAGAGGGCGGCGUUCGCGGCUGGCUGCAAGUCCUCGGUGCAUUUUUCAUCUUUUUCAAUGUCUGGGGCCUCACAUUUGCCUAUGGAUCCUUCCAAAGCUUCUACGCCCUCGAAUACCUCCCUACGUCGGGGGCGUCCGCCAUCGCCUGGAUCGGCACGGUGCAGUCGUUCCUGCUCAUCGUCUGCGGCGUCGUGAGUGGCCCUCUAUUCGACCUUGGAUACUACCGCGCCAUGAUCGCAGCGGGAAGCAUCCUCUCCGUUCUCGGGAUCAUGAUGCUCAGUCUCGCACACGAAUACUAUGCCAUCUUCCUCAGCCACGGCAUCUGCAUGGGGAUCGGUUUCGGCCUGCUGUACAUCCCCAGCAUUGCGCUGGUUAGCCGCCGCUUCACGCGCCGACGAGCCGUCGCCCUCGGCGUGUCGACCAGCGGCGCCCCCGCCGGCGGCAUUAUCUACACCCUCAUGUUCGAGCAGCUGCUCCCGAAAGUGCGCUUCCCCUGGACAGUGCGCAUCCUCGGCUUUGUCAUGCUGUUCCUCUUCGUCGCCGCCGCCUUCCUCCUGCUAUGGGGCACGGGCACCACACACCAAACACAAGGACCGCGCCAGCGGACCAAACUCCUCGAUCUGCGCGCGUUUAAAGACCCCCCGUUCUGGAGCUUCACGGCCUCCAACUUCCUCCUCUACCUCGGCUACAUGACUCCCUUCUACUACAUCCCCACCUACGCCGAGACCAAGCUGCACACCACCCGCUCGCUCGGCCUCUACAUCCUGAUCAUCUCGCAGGCCGCCUCGAUCAUCGGCCGCGUCGCCACCACCAUCGUCGCGCACCGCUACGGCUCCAUGCUCCCGUGGAUCGCCUGCGGGCUGGUCUCGGGCGUCGCGUGUCUGGCCUGGCUGAGCGUCCACAGCCUCGCGGGGUUUAUCCUGUAUGCCGCAUUUUAUGGCGGCAUCUCCGGCGCCCUCGUGCCCCUCCCGCCCAGCGUCUUCCCGCAUGUCUGUCCCGACCCGCGGGCGCUGGGCACGUGGCUCGGCAUGGCGCAGAGUAUUAGUAGUAUUCGGGCCAACUUGCAGCCCUCUAAGCACACCAUCCAUCUGUGGACCAACGUCUAG